CUUGGCUUUGUUAAGGCAAUCGGUUUACAUUAUCCUUAAGACCCUUCAGAUUGAAGAUAUGAAGAAACUUAAGGUGGAACUCGGAAGUUCAUAUGAUUUGUCACAUAUAUGCAAUAAAAUGUUUCAUCAUCGUCAGAAUGUCAAGCUGUCAGCUGAAGUAGAACCAUUUAUUCCUCAGAAGAAAGGUCCGGAAACUUUAAUGAUCCCAAUGGCACUUCCGAACGACAGUGGAGGAAUUAAUGGCAUGGAACCAACUCCUAUCCCUAGCUACCUGAUCACUUGCUAUCCGUUUGUACAGGAAAACCAAUCCAAUAGACAGUUUCCAUUAUACAACAAUGACAUCAGAUGGCAGCAACCCAACCCAAAUCCUGCAGGACCAUACCUUGCCUACCCUAUAAUAUCUGCACAACCACCUGUUUCUACAGAAUAUACUUAUUAUCAGCUGAUGCCAGCACCAUGUGCUCAGGUCAUGGGUUUCUAUCAUCCUUUCCGUACUCCCUAUUCUGCACCCUUUCAAACAGCAAAUGCUGUAAAUGCAGUUACCACAGAAUGCACGGAGCGUCCCAACCCCUCGGGCCAGGUCUUUCCAUUAUCCAGUCAGCGGAGCAGAAGCAGUAACAGGGGACCAGUCUUACAAAAACAACAGUUACAGACGCACAUAAAAAAUAAACGUCCUCCAGUGAAAAAUGUCGCCACUCAAAAGGAGACUAGUUCAUCAGGUCCUGAGAACAGAUCAAAGAUUGUCUUGUUGGUUGAUGCAUCACAGCAAACAGACUUCCCUUCAGAUAUAGCGAAUAAGUCACUUUCUGAGAGUGCCUCUGCAAUGCUUUGGAAAUCAAAAGGCAGGCGCAGGAGAACUUCUCACCCUGCUGCAGAGUCUUCCAGUGAGCAAGGCGCAAGCGAAGCAGACAUCGACAGUGACAGUGGCUACUGUAGUCCUAAGCAUGGCAAUAACCAGGCUGCAGCUAUGGCUUCGAGAAAUACAGAUUCCUGUGCAAUGAAUGUUGUAGAACCAUCGAUAAAUACAACUAGUAUCAGUUGGACUAAUGUAAAUUCCCAGGCAACUCAAAAAAAACCUUGGAUUGAAAAAACACAGACAUUUUCUAGAGGUGGAAGACAAGCUGAGCAAAGAAGUAAUUCGCAGUCCGGUUUCAGGUGCAGAGACCACAGCACAUCUUCAGAAAGAAGGCAGAAUUUGCAGAAACGACAUGAAAAACCUCUAGCUCCGAGCCAGUCGAGCAGAACAGAGCAGAGUCCUGAGCCUCUGUUUUUUGAGGAUGAAGAUGAAUUUCCAGAGCUAAAUAGUGACAAUGGCAGCAGCAAAAGUAGUAACAUCCAGCAAAAGAUUUCUCCCAAAGUAUUGGAUGACUUACCAGAGAAUUCUCCAAUCAAUAUAGUCCAAACUCCAAUUCCCAUUACCACCUCUGUACCAAAGCGUGCAAAAAGUCAGAAGAAGAAGGCCUUGGCAGCAGCACUUGCAACAGCUCAAGAGUACUCUGAGAUAAGCAUGGAACAGAAAAAACUUCAAGAAGCCCUAUCAAAAGCAGCUGGGAAGAAGAGCAAGACCCCUGUUCAGUUGGAUUUGGGUGAUAUGUUAGCAGCUCUUGAAAAGCAGCAGCAAGCAAUGAAAGCUCGUCAGAUCACCAACACCAGACCUCUCUCAUAUACAGUUGGCAGUGCUGUUCCCUUUCAUACCAAAGAGUCUGCCAAUAGAAAGUCCUUAACAAAGGGACAGCCGUCUAUGGGUUGCCUUAAUCCUUUGGAUUCAACUGCUCCAAAAGUGAAAAGAGGAAAAGAAAGGGAGAUUGCAAAACUGAAACGCCCUACAGCGCUUAAAAAGAUUAUUUUGAAAGAGAGAGAAGAGAAGAAAGGCCGUUUAUCAGCUGAGCAUAGCCUUUUGGGAUCUGACGAACAGAAAGAGGCUCAUAUAAACUUGGCUGCUGAUCAGUCUCAGGAGCUGGCCUCCCAGGAAGAAACUGGACUAAGCAUGCCUAGUGAUACUUCACUUUCACCAGCAAGUCAGAAUUCUCCGUACUGCAUGACCCCAGUGUCACAAGGUUCACCUGCUAGUUCUGGAAUAGGCAGUCCAAUGGCAUCUUCUGCAAUAACCAAAAUUCACAGCAAGAGAUUCAGAGAAUACUGUAAUCAAGUUCUAAGUAAAGAAAUAGAUGAGUGUGUUACCCUUCUACUGCAAGAGCUUGUCAGCUUCCAGGAACGGGUCUAUCAAAAGGAUCCCAUGAGAGCUAAAGCAAAGAGAAGACUUGUUAUGGGUUUACGUGAGGUUACUAAACAUAUGAAGCUAAACAAGAUAAAGUGUGUAAUCAUAUCUCCCAACUGCGAAAAAAUCCAAUCAAAAGGUGGACUAGAUGAGGCUUUGUAUAAUGUAAUAGCCAUGGCACGGGAGCAAGAAAUCCCUUUUGUCUUUGCCCUUGGCCGUAAAGCUCUGGGCCGCUGUGUGAACAAGCUGGUUCCUGUUAGCGUGGUGGGGAUCUUCAACUACUCGGGUGCCGAGGACCUGUUUAAUAAGCUGGUGUCACUGACUGAAGAGGCCAGAAAAGCAUACAGAGAUAUGGUUGCUGCAAUGGAACAGGAACAGGCAGAAGAAGCCUUGAAGAAUGUCAAGAAGGCACCCCAUCAUAUGGGUCAUUCUCGUAACCCUUCUGCAGCAAGUGCUAUCUCAUUCUGUAGUGUUAUUUCUGAACCCAUAUCUGAAGUGAAUGAGAAAGAAUAUGAAACAAACUGGAGAAAUAUGGUGGAAACGUCUGAUGGGUUAGAAGCCUCUGAAAAUGAGAGAGAAUCCUCAUGUAAGUCUGUGGUUCCAGAAAAAGCUGGUAAUGGUCAAAUUGAAAAAGCCACUCUUAACAAACAACCACCUCUGGCUACAACUGGCACUACCUCAGGCAUAAAUCAUGGAAAAGCCACACCAGGUGACAAAGAUGAGGUGAAACCAGAUGACAACCUGGAAUGGGCCUCACAGCAGAGUACAGAAACAGGAUCACUGGAUGGCAGCUGUCGAGAUCUUUUGAAUUCAUCCAUGACCAGUACCACCAGUACUCUUGUACCAGGAAUGCUAGAAGAGGAAGAGGAGGAGGAAGAUGAUGAGGAAGAGGAUUAUGCUCAUGAACCAAUCUCUGUAGAAGUUCAGCUUAACAGCAGAAUUGAAUCUUGGGUUUCAGAGACCCAGAGAACUAUGGAGACUCUUCAGCUUGGGAAGACCCUUAAUGGUGCCGAAGAAGACAAUGCAGAACAAAGUGAAGAGGAAGAAAUAGAGACUUCUGAGCAGGGUGAUCCAGCCACUGAUGGUGAGGAAUGGACAAACGAUAAGCACGCAAGUAACAACCAGCAUAAACCCACCAUCUGCAGCUCUUUGAAUAAAGAGCACCCAGAUUCCAUCUAUAUGCCGUAAAAAUGAGCAGGAACUCAGGAACUUUGUAGAA